AUACACAAGUUCGUCUUCUACUCAUCGCGGACCGAUAUCGAGGUUUGUCGGCGGAAGGAGACAAGGGGUCGAAAUCACUUAAAUUUUUCGAUUGUUUUAAAUAUCGACAACCGAGGCAGAGCUAAUAAGUGGUAAUAAAGUGCACAGCAAUCGUAAUUAAAUAUGAUUUUCAAACGUGUUGAGCCGUCAUAGCCUUGACUGUAACUUGAAAGCCUAAAUUUUGCAAUGACUAACCACUUCCUGUGAAAAAAAAGAUGAAUGGCUGCCUGCUACCGGGAAGAUAUGGCUAGGGAAGAUCUGAGGCUUGAAACAUUCGCAAUCAACAAUGAUUUUCCAAAUACUAGGACACAAGAAACACCCAGAAGGUUGGCUGCCGGCGGCUACUUCGCCAACAGCCGCACGUUAGUCCAGUGCUUUGGAUGUGGUCACACUCCUGUCCAGGAGCACCACGAACUGUGCCCCAGAGAAAAUCUAAACGUGCCCAUUGGACAGGCUGAUCAGGUGAACCCCACCGACCCAGUCGACCCCUUGGGACUUUACAACACCUGUGUCAAUAUUCGCUAAUAGCAAUAUUGUUAUCAUUCCAGUAAAUGCAGUAAUACAUGUGCUUCAUGUUUGUCUUGUGGCCUUAUGCUCCACUGGUGAUGAAAAGGAAUAAGAAGAAAUUAUUCGUGUCUACCAUUCGCUACAUUGUAUAAUGUUUAUUUUCAAAACGUAAGAUACUCGGGGUAUUUUACAAAGGAUAAAAUAGCCUUUUGAUGUACAUUU